AGUAUCACCAGUCGGCAGUUGUAAAAGAGGCAUGUCCUAGGGGGAGGGCAGCUUGACCUGACGGGAACUGAGUGUGGCAACAUAACUGAGUGUCAGAGAGUAUGAGUGUGACUGUGAGUGUGAUGGAGGAUCUUCGGACGUGAGGACUUGUCACAUGCUAAUUUCGGCCAGCAGGGACAAAUCAAGGCGUGUUGUGGUGGUGUGGGGCGUGAUGAGAGGCGGCAGGUGGGCGUGGGUGGUGAGCCUGGCCGUGGUGCUGCUGGUUGGUGUCGAGUCUGCCCACGGUGCCUUGUUGUUAAACAACACGGGCCCAGCAGUUUUGGAUGUACCAGUUUUCUUUUUUGCGGAAUUGACGGAUUAUGAGGAUGGUGAGGUGCUGUGGUGGGAGUGGUCGGAUGAUUUGAACCACAAAGAAGGAUAUUAUGCAGCAGGACCAAAGGCAUCAUGGAAUUUGACAUAUGAUAAAGAUCCCUUUGAGUAUUUCACUGGUGAAGUCCGUGUUACCUUGGUUGUCAGGACACAUAAAUGGCUACCAAUAUCAAUGGCAAAAGCAACGACUACAUUUAUGUUAUCAGAGUAUUUAAGUGGGGAGUUGACCUUUAAGCAACCGAAUGUGACUCUUCCAAAACCUGGAUUUAUCUCAACCACAAACCAAACAAACCUCACUGUGGCUCUUCAUGAUUUUGAUGAUUGGUUGAAACAACACACACAAACGAUUUCUUUCUUUUGGAUCAUCAAUAACGAUGAACAACAAGCACAAUGUCCUACACCAUCGCUUGUCAUCAACAUCACUCAACCAGGCUAUUACAGCAUUCAAGCAACAGUAAUCUUAUACCUCUCAGAUCACAUUAUCACUACAACUACAACAACUACCACAACCACUACCACUACUACAACUACACCAAAGCCAAACACUACCACAACCACCCCAAAAACCACUACAACAAGUCCUACUACCACAACAGUCAAACCUCCAACACCUAAUCCUAAGGUGUGGUUCUGUGAUGGUUAUUGGCCACAAGUUGGCAAUACAGGUGGUAGCAGUUUGGAGAGAUAUCACAAGCUGGGCUAUUUUCACACAUCUGUCAAAGCUGUAGAACCCAUUGGUCAUGUUAAUGUAACUGGCAACACGUGGCUGAAACAUGGGGACCUUGUUGAGUUGACAGUGGAGUGCUCGGGGUCACCUAAUAUAGCAUACUGCAAGAAGACAUAUGCUGGUGUAUAUAAUGUUACUGGGGAUGAGUCGUGUGGAGAUGAUGUUCUGAUGACAAAUACUUGCAAGUUUAAAAUUAUUACAUAUUUCCAGAGAAAUGGAACACACAGUAUCAUCAUUGUAAUGUCUAAUGAUAUUUCAAAAGUGGUUUAUCCAAUAACAAUCAACAUAUAUAAUGUGGACCGCAAGCCUCAGUUGUCAUACAUCAUUAUUCCAGUAUCAUGCAGCCUUGUGGUCAUCAUUAUUAUAGUUUUUGGGAUUUCAUACUUCAUUCAAAGCAGAAACAGAUAUUCUGUUGAAGUAGCAGACUUUGAUUUUGGUGCCAGCGAAGAGACAGAAUACAAGACAUUGUGUGAACAACUAAAGGAAUCUCUGCGACAAGCACUCUCAGGCCAGGACAGAGAAGCAGAGGAGGAUAAUAAGUGGAUGAGUCGUUCACACAUGGUGGAGAGACCUCGGAUCCUUGAGGAAGAAGACUAAAUUCUUGCCUAAAUGUGAGACAAAGCAUAGUUUCUUGCUACUAAAGCAACUAGUAAUCUGGCAGUUAUGUUGAAAGAAAAUAAAAUGUUCCAAUUUGUGUUAUUAUUACCAGUCUUGUGAUUGGAGUGUGAUAAUAGUAUUGUCUACAGCUUAUAUAUAUAAUUUUUCAUAGGCAUGAAAUCCUUUAUAUAUAUAUAUAUAUAUAUAUAUAUAUAUAUAUAUAUAUAUAUAUAUAUAUAUAUAUAUAUAUAUAUAUAUAUAUAUAUAUUAGAACUAUGAUCUGUGGUGAGGAAUGGGCAUAUCAUAUUGUAACAUAUCCAUUAUUAUUACAAUGAUGACAAGUAUUUUUUCUUUAUGCUGACACACAUGUACGGGUAAAGGCUGGCUGGGUGACCAGCAGGCAACCGUGGUGAAAUUACACACACAUAACACCAUUAUAUGUACGUAGUAGGGUACAUGAUAAUUAACAUGAUUAGUUCCAGUAUAAGAUUCUUUAUGGAAAGUGUGCACUAUGGAAACUGAAGAAAUUGUAGGAAAAAUUUAUUGUUUCCAGGAAACCUUAAAAGCAAUAUAAAAAAAAAUCCUCAAUAAAAAACAAAAUGUAGUAUAAAAAUUUCCAUAAUAAAUGAAAGACUCCAUCAAAAGGAACACAGUUGCA